AUGUUUGGAUCUACUCGGCCUAUGUUUGGAGGCGCAAACACCUCUCAACCGUUCGGUGGUGGUUCCACAGGUUCCUCCACUUUUGGUGCAAACAAUAAUCAACAGCAACAAUCAAAUGCAUCUUCAGGAUUCGGUGGGUUUGGUGCAACAAAUAACAAUGCAAAUUCAAUGUUCGGUAACAACAAUCAAAAUAGACCCACUUCUACGGGUGGAUUAUUUGGAGGAGGCCAACAACAACAGCAGAAUAAUUAUCCCUUUGGAGCAACAAAUAAUGCAGGUACAAAUACCUUUGGGAUGAAUAACAAUGCAAAUACCAAUACUGGUGCACUUGGUAAUACAAAUGCGAACAACAAUGCAUCGCCCUUCGGGAUGAAUAAACCAUCCACUGGGUUAUUCGGACAAAAUACUGCCUCCGCCACUAAUAAUAAUACAGGUAGUAAUAUGUUUGGGCAACAAUCAAAUGCAUUUGGCACUCAACAAAACGCUAAUCCAACAAACACAUUCGGGCAAUCGAAAUUGGGUAAUACUUUUGGUUCGCAGCAACAGGCUGGUGGUGCCACCGGUGGUUUGUUCGGUCAACCAAAUACAACCACUGGUGGAGGCUUAUUUGGACAACAACAGAAUAAUAAUACUUUUGGCCAGCAACAGCAGACAAAUAGCCCCUUUGGACAGCCAAAUACAAACCCUCUAUCCAGCGGUAAUUCAAUGUUUGGCCAAAAUACCAAUGCUAAUAAUAAUUCCAUGUUUGGUCAAAAUAAUAAUAAUAAUAAUACCGCCAAUACUACAUCCAUGUUCGGUAAUAACAAUAAUUCAAUGUUUGGGUCUCAAAAUAAAGCCCCAGGAACUGGUAUAGGUGGUGGUUUAUUCGGACAACAAGCUCAAAACAACAACAACACUAAUAAUAAUAAUACCUCAACUGGACUAUUCGGACAACAAAAUAACACAUCCAGUUUUGGACAGCAGCAAAAUAACUCUCUAUUUGGUAAUAAACCUGCAGGAGGUUUGUUCGGACAGAAUAAUCAGCAGGCAACCUCAGGGUUUGGUGCCAACACUUCAGGUGGCAUGUUCGGACAAAAUAAUAUGACCCAAGGAAACAACUCGGGUGGGUUAUUUGGUCAGACAAAUAACCAACAACAGAAUACUACCACUGGUGGUCUCUUUGGACAGAAUGCAAAUCAGCAAAAUCAAGUAGGUGGUGCUGGUGCCGGUGGACUUUUUGGAAAUAAGAAUCCAGUGACAAGUGGUGGCGGUUUAUUUGGACAGCAACAACAAAACAAUGCCCUAAAUCCAACGGGUACUUCUCAAGGUCUAUUUGGACAAAACAACCAACAGCAACAAUCUAGCAAUGUUGGAGGUGGUCUGUUCGGAAAUAAAAAUACCGGAACCACCACUGGUGGUUUGUUUGGGGCUGCACCAACUUCUCAGCAACAACAACAACCUGGAUUCGGCGCUACACCAAGCAUUGGCGGCUUAUCAUCAACAACAGGAGGAGGGUUAUUUGGCCAGAAUAAUACCAAUGCUGCCAACACUACUAGUACAGGUUUAUUUGGUGCUAACAAUACUACUGCUAAUAAUAAUCAAGCGAAUACUGUAGGUGGAACAGGCUUAUUUAAUAACAACAAUAAUAACGCUAAUGCUACUACGGCAGGAAAUACAUCGUUUACUCUAGGAGGGAAUAAUAAUACAGCAGGAUCAACUGGGGCAGGUGGACUCUUUGGAAACAGAUUGAACUCUGGUUCAAUGUUCAAUGCACCUUCGACAAAUACUGCACCAAAGGGAGGUCUGUUUAAUAAUGGAACUGCUACAACAAGUACGCUUGGUCAAUCAAGCACUGGUGGUUUGUUUGGAAACAAGCCUGCCGGAACUCCAGGUACAACAACUAGCGGAACUGGUGGGCUAUUUGGUGCUAAAAAUACUACCACUACAGGUCUUGGUAAUGCUGGUGCUACAACAACAGGUAACUCUACAGGGUUGUUUGAUUCCAAGCCAGCUCAGGGAGGUUUCCAGUUGAAUAAUAAUAAUACUAAUAACAAUCAAUCUCAACAAGUGGGAACAACUCCAAACGUAUUGCAAAACCAACAAGUGGAUAAUAAACUAUUUACCAAAAUUGACCUUCCUGAUUCAAUUACGAAACCAUCUGUUCCGACUGCAAAUAAAAUUAAAGCUGACGUGAAGAUGAACGGUACUUUGUCAAGUGCUUAUAGAUCAUCACCAAAACCUUUAUUUGCAGCAAAGAGCGCCAAGAAUGAUUCUUUACUCAAAUUUAAUGGGAAAUCGUCUACACAAUCGACAUCUUCUUCGCUUUCAUCAGCAAAUUCGUCUUCAUCUAAUGUAUCGUUAAUCUCAUUUACGAACACAAAUGAGGCUAUGAAACUAUUGAAAUCGGAGAAGUCAACAACUCCAUCGUUAUUAUUCAACCCUGAUAGGAAAUCAUUUAAGCAUUUAGUAUUGAAUAAGAAAAAAUCGCCCCCCAAGGUGCAAGAAAGUAGUGGAAAAGAAGAUGUCAAGAAAAUUUCGUUCACCACACCUAAGGCAGCUGGUUCGAGUGAAAGCAGUGGUGAUAAUCAAUUAAGUAAUGGUGCUACUAUUAGUGUAGAACAACAACCAAAGGGAGUUGAUGAUCAUUUUGAAACCGAUCUAACAACAAAACCGAAAUUAGAUAAUAAUGAAUCCUUUUCAACCCCCGUCUCUAUGAAAGCCACUUCAAUUAUUGAACCUUUACAAUCUGAAAAUACAACAGCUUUCAUGGAUAAGAAGCCAUUGAAAAAUGAUAUUUCUUUCUUGGAUAACGGUUACUACAUUUCACCUUCGCUCGAGACAUUGGAAUCAACAUCGUUACUAGAUUUACGUCAUGUAAAGAAUUUAGUAGUUGGUCGCAAGGAUGUAGGGAAAGUAGAAUUUUUAAAACCUGUUGAUCUAUCUAAUGUAGCAUUAAAUUCCAUUUGUGAAGGUAUCAUCGCAUUUGAACCGGAAAGUUUUGUCGCAUUUGGUAAUUAUUCUAAUCCUCCCCAAAUCGGUGAGGGACUCAAUGUUAGUGCGAGAGUGACCCUUUACCACUGCUAUGCAACUGAUAAGGCCACCCGAAAACCAAUAAAGGAUUUCAAUCACCCAUUGGUUAAGAGAUUUACUGCCAACUUGAAGAAAAGGGAAAACUCGUUUUUUGAAAAUUAUAAUCCCUCUUCAGGUGAAUAUACCUUCAUCUUGGAUCAGAUAACAGCUUAA